AUGGAUACAAAGCUUAACUGCCAUUACGUGGGCUACAGUAGUGAACCACACGUCUCUACAGCAGCCAUGAGCAACUGCUUUGGUUUGCAUGGUAUUUUUCAAACAGAAGAUGAGGAUUAUUUUGUUGAACCCCUCUGGAAUGAUACAACCAGUGAGAGUGGCAAAGGACAUCCACAUGUGGUCUACAAGCGCUCUUCAAUACAGUUUCCUAAAGAUAACGUCCAUUGUGGUGUCACAGAUAUACUUAAAAACAAACCUGGACAGAGGGAUAACAUAGCUCCUGGUGAUCCUAGGUUAAUAAAUUCCUGGAAUAAAUUGAAAUUUAGGGAUCGUGUUAAAAGGUCAGCGGUCAGCAGGGAGAAAAAUGUGGAAACUUUAGUGGUGGCCGAUCACAAAAUGGUGGAAUAUCACGGGAAGAAAGUCAUACAGUCUUAUGUCCUGUCUAUUAUGAAUAUUGUGGCCAAAUUAUAUCAUGAUGCCAGCAUUGGAAAUGCAGUCAAUAUUGUUGUGAGUCGACUGAUAGUGUUUGAAAAACCUCAGAAAAACUUGACAUUGAAUCAUGAUGCUGACCAUUCUCUGGACAAGUUUUGUAAAUGGCAGCACCUUUUAAAUCUCUCCUCUCUAGAUAAUGGUGCAAUGCAUCAUGAUAAUGCUAUCCUACUGACAGGGUUUGACAUUUGUUCAUAUAAGAAUGAACCUUGUGGUACUUUAGGCUUGGCCCCUGUGAAUGGUAUGUGUGGAGGAGACAGAAGCUGUAGCAUUAAUGAGGAUAUUGGUCUAGCCUCAGCAUUUACCAUCGCCCAUGAAAUUGGACACAACUUUGGAAUGCAGCAUGAUGGAUCUGGGAACCUGUGUGGAGUACCAGGAUCUAACCUGACGGCAGGACUAAUGGCAGCCCAGCUGUCUAAGGAGACCAGGCCAUUUAACUGGUCCUCGUGUAGCCGUGACGCUAUAACAGAGUUUAUAGA